AUGCACUUGUACCGCUCCUCGCUUGGAGUUGGUGCUAGCGGUGGUGCACAAGACAAAACGAAAGGCACGGAGGCAUGGUGGCGCACGCCGUCGACCAAAUGGAGCGAGGUGGAGAAGCCACCCGUGAAGGAACCCGAAAAGCUGAAAGAGACAACGGACAAGAAUGAUUGGUGGACAGGGGCAAACUACAACGGAAGAAAGUACGCUGCUGUUCAAAAUGAGGUGAAAUCAUCUGCGGCGAGUCAAGACAUCCAGUUGGCGACGUCCACGACGUGGACAACAAGGGACGACAUUAGUCCACCGCGUGUAUUUGACAGAGGACAGAGUUAAAUAGUACAAAAUAGAGUCUACUAUUCCGGAAAGGGCAG